AAACAGCACGACUUUUGUGCUUUACUGUGAAUUACUUGUUUUUUGGACACUUUGGGCAAUACCAGCACAGACAUAAAACACAGUGACAAUACUGCCAAUGAUAACAUGUUGACACGGUUAUGUAAUUUAUAGCCAGGACCCUGUGAAACUGGAAAAGAGAACCAGCACUCACUUUAAAAGAUAGACAGACCUACACAGACUGAAGAUAAUCUUCUGAAGCAACCCUGUAUUCAUUGACCUAGGCAGCUGGAGCCAGAUCUCAGCGCAAACAUUCAACAAUGCUUAAGAGAGAAGUCAAGCCAUACUGGAAUCUGUCGGUCAAAGUUUUACAUGCGAAGAUCCACGAGUGCUACGACUACUUCUCUGCGCCUGACUGCUAUGUCAUCCUGAACCUACCCACUGCAUCUGCCCGUACAUUUCGCACCAAGACUAUACCAAAUAGUAAGCAACCUGAAUGGAAUGAAACUUUCACUUUCAGGGUGCACAGCAACAUUAAGAAUAUUUUAGAGCUCCUGAUCUAUGACGAGGAUCCAUUCAUGAGAGACAACCAUUGUGCCACUAUCCUGUUUGACAUCAAUAACCUCACACCUGGGAAAAAGCAGACCAAAUGCUUUAUAAUAAAUAAGAUCAAGGAUGAACUGUGGGUGGAAUUUGAGAUCACUAAGAGCUCUGAGACACCAACGCCAUGCGUCUCUAAUGGAGUUUUGGUGGCAGGUCCUUUCUGUGAGCUGAAUGUAGAGAUAGACAAGCUUCUAAAAAAAUCAGAAGCAAUGCAGAACAUGGUGUUAAAACUAAAAGGGGCAUACAAAGAGGAUUUUGUGAUCUCAAAAUCUGAGGAAAGUUCAAGCUUUCUGAAAACGUUACGUUAUUACAUCAACCGAGACCUGGAAACUGAACUCAAUCUGACCUCAGAGACUGUUGUCAGCUCAGCAAAUGCUGGGACAGUAGUAGUGGAUGGUGCUGUUCCAGAAACUAUGGACACUGGAUUGACUUCCAUCCCUUUAAAACCGUUACCAGCCAAAAAACAGAUUACGGUCUCUUUGCCUCUGGGAGAGAAUAAGGUUGAUCUGCAAUUGAAAACAGAUGAUCGCUCUCAUCAAGAGCUGGAUGUGCGUCUGGAUUUUGAUAUCCCAGUAGAAGAAAAGAAUUUUCUGGUGAAGAGAAAAAAUGUCGUUUGUCAGACUCUACAGAAAGCUUUGAAUCUCACCACUGCACCUGAGCCCAGCAAGGUCCCAGUGUUCGCUGUGGUGUGUUCUGGUGGCGGGAGCAGAGCAUUAACAAGCACAUACGGUAGCCUUCAGGGUCUGCAGAAGAUCCAGCUUCUCGACGCAGUCAGCUACAUCACAGGGGUUUCAGGUGCCACUUGGGCCCUAGCCUCUCUUUAUGAAGACUCUAACUGGUCAAAGGGUGGUCUCGACAAGUCUAUGGAGUCCAUAAAGAAAGAGCUCUCAAAAAAGGCGCUCAGUAUGUUUUCCUCAGAGCAGCUAAAGGAAUACAAAAAGAGGAUGGAAGAGCGAGAGAAGGAAGGACAACUUGUGUCUCUUAUCGACAUGUGGGGCCUAGCUUUAGAGUAUCUUUUCUAUGGGAAAAAACGCAUGGGUACGCUGUCUGAAAUGCAAAGGACAGUGUCUGAAGGCCAGAACCCUCUGCCCAUAUUCACAGCUGUUAAUCUCAAGCAUGGCAAAGAAGACAGUAUAACAGAUGCAGAAUGGUGUGAGUUCACCCCAUAUGAGGUUGGAUUUCCCAAAUAUGGUGCAUUUGUGCCUGCGCAGAAUUUUGGGAGUGAAUAUUACCUCGGCCACAUGAUCAAGAAACUUCCUGAGACUGGGUUGUCUUUUCUUGUAGGAAUGUGGAGCAGCAUUUUCUCUAUAAAUCUCACGGAAAUCUGGAGUCUUGCGACAGGAGUCAGCCCUUCCUGGAUGCCUUGCACUGGAGGAGGAGUGAGUAACACAGAGACUCAUAGUAAACAAACAGCACUUGGUACAUACCUGCUCGGCCCUGUGACUGACUUUGCUAAAAUGCUAUGUAGCUUUAUGACCAGCCGCCCCAUUGUCAGCCAGGCAUACAACUUCUUGAGAGGCUUCAACCUGCACAGCAGCUACAAUGAGAACACGGGCUUCAUCACAUGGAAAGACACACACCCAGACGCCUUUCCUAACAACAUGACUCCAGCCGAUCCUGUGCUAGGCUUAGUAGAUGCCGGAUUUGCCUUAAAUUCGGGAUUUCCUCCUUUGGUCCACUCUCACAGAAAAGUGGACGUUAUUCUGUCUCUAAACUACUCUUGGGAUCCAGAUCAGUUUAAAGUCAUAAAGCAAUCUCAGGAGUACUGUGCUGAUCGGAAGAUUCCAUUUCCAAAGAUUGAUUUCAAAAAGGUGGAGUCAGAGCCGCUGAAGGAAGUUUACAUCUUUGAGGAUAAAGACAAUCCGGAAGCUCCCAUAGUGCUUCACUUUCCCUUGGUCAAUGUUUCAUUCAAGCAAUUCAAAGCUCCUGGAGUGAAGAGAGAGGGUGAGAAAGAGCAGAAAGAGGGAGCGGUUGAUGUUGAAUUGAACAGUAGCACCUCCCCUUAUGUCACACACAAAUUGACUUACACACCAGAGGACUUCCAGAGGCUCAUCAAUCUCACCUCCUACAACAUCCAAAACAACAAAGAUGCCAUUUUGAAUGCGCUAAGUAAAGCAUUAAACCGAAACAGAGAAAAGCGAACAGGGGAUGAUGGUCAUGGCAAAAAGGAGAAGGCAGCUGUUUCAGCAUCCACAACACAACCAGGAUCACAAAAAACACGAAAGACUGAAGCAAAGUGAUCUACAGCUCCGCUACUGUGAAAAAAACCCCUGCAUCCUUCUUUUAUUAAGUUUUGUUAAUCAUAUUCUUUAAUAGUCUGUAAUUCUUUUUUGUUAUAAAUGCAAAAAAUGCCAAAAGCAAUAUUUGAGAAACACAUAACCAGUCAGUGUUUAUAACUGUCGCCUUACUUUAGUUCGAUUUGCUGUGCUUAACUUGUAAUAAUGUUUUCUAAUUUGAGAGGACAGGUAGUUUUUUGCAGGAAAUUCGAGCAUGUCAUCAUCACAUCACAUCUGUAAAAAUCAAGAUUGAGUUCCGGCUUGUCUUAUUCACCUGUGAAUAUAGACAUUUAAUUGUAGCCUGUUCUCAUAACAGCUGGAAUAAUUGUCAAAAAAUGGCAUUUUGACGGUGGAUUGUAAUCCAGAAAGGAUUAUAUGAAACGAAUGAAAUUAAAUUCUAUUCCGGUUUUAAAUGUGCUUCUGAUAACAGACAGGCUGGGACACAAGACUGUCAUUUGUCUGCCACAAGAUUUGUAUUUUAAAGAAAACCGGUUUAAAUGGGGAAAAAUUUACUUUUUGGGUUAAAGGAAUUUCUUAAUAUGAAAUUCGAAUGAUGUGGCAUUCAGAUAUUAGACUGUACAUAAAUUUAAAUCUACACGCUAAUACACAUUACACUCAUAGUCACACAAUACUGAUGUUGUUAGCAUGAAUAAUUUGAGAAUAAAGUACAAUAAUAAUAAUAAUCAGCAGAGUAUGAUGUGAUGUGACUGUUAAAUCGCCAUCGAUAGCGCAAUUUAUGAUAAUAUUUUUUUCCUCAGUCAGAACAAAGCAUGGCUUAAUAUCCGGUGAAAAGUCUUAUUUGGGUCAUAUAUUCUAAGACGUAGUUUAAAAAUCUGUGAUUACUAAAUACAGGAUUCACACCGGUGCGGCAAAAAAAAAAAAAAGUGGUUUUCAAACAUAGAUGACGACAAAGAGGCAAAACUUACGGACUGCGGUUUUAAUGAAAAAAUUGUUGGUGAUGACAUACUCAAUAUUACCUUGACAUUAUUUAGUAUGGAUGGUGAAUAGUGAAAUAACAGCUUUGUUUAUAUGCAUUGUUAACUUGUCAUUUCUGUCAAUUCACAACACAAUUAAAACUAAUGCAUUAAUUAAAA